GGUGUGUCCGUGCGUGCUGUGGCAGUGUUGUGUCCCCGUGUUGAUCUCCAUCCACCACUCCUUACGAGCCCGCGAUGAGUAAAUUCGAGAUUUCGGACGAUGCGGACGAGCUGAACCAGGAGAUCGAUGAUACCAACUUCCCGACGCGUUCCAACUCGAUCAGCUUCGGGGCCGCGAAUGGCAAUGGGUCGACCGGGAGUCUUAACAACGGAUAUGGCCCAUUCGCCAGCAGGCGUCGGUCGAGCAGUAUCCGGCGCACCGAGAGCGAGAUGACCGAGGGUGACGAGAAUGGGGUGUCGGCGGUUGGCGAGGCGAGUGAAGCGGUCAAUAACAACGGAGGGGAAAAUGGCGCCCCGGCCAACGUUACGGCGAUCAGCGGUGGCCUUAAUCGGGCUCGACCAACGCCGAUCCGCACGAUUAGUUUGUCAGGUGAGGCAAGCAGUGGGGUGGACAACGCUACCACCAUUAACCCCAGCAGUGCACCACCACUUAACAGCACGCCAAGGGCCAUCAUGACGCCAGGACACGAAAAAUGUACCUUCCACCAUGAUCUAGAGCUCGACCACAAACCGUCGACCCGGGAGGACCUGCUGCCGCUGAUGUCCAAGUCCUACCGGAUGCUGCUGUCAAGCCUGGGCGAAGAUCCGGAACGUCAGGGACUGCUGAAAACUCCGGAACGGGCCGCCAAGGCAAUGCUCUUCUUCACCAAGGGCUACGACCAGAGUUUGGAAGAGGCCUUGAACGGUGCCGUUUUCGACGAGGAUCACGACGAAAUGGUCGUGGUGAAGGACAUCGAAAUGUUCUCCAUGUGCGAACACCAUCUGGUACCGUUCUACGGUAAAGUUUCGAUCGGUUACUUGCCCUGCAAGAAGAUUCUCGGGCUUAGCAAGCUAGCCAGAAUUGUGGAAAUCUUUUCACGCCGCCUUCAGGUGCAGGAACGAUUGACCAAGCAGAUUGCCGUCGCUGUCACACAGGCCGUACAGCCGGCAGGUGUGGCUGUCAUCAUCGAAGGAGUACACAUGUGCAUGGUGAUGCGCGGCGUACAGAAGAUCAACAGCAAAACGGUCACCUCGACCAUGCUGGGAGUCUUCCGGGACGAUCCGAAAACGCGCGAAGAGUUCCUGACACUCUGCAACAACAAGUGAGCCCACAUCCUGCAUCGAUCGCCGUCGUCCCCAGCAGACACUGCACCGGCGGACCGGAUCGAUGAGUUCG